UGUUUAUAGACAUUCAACUAUUAACAGUCGGCCAAUCCGGCAAGUGUCUCCUCCCGCCUCUCAUCCUCAGCGUCGCUCGCGCAAGCGUCUGGCUCCAUGCUCUUCACAGGAAGCAUCUGAAGGCAUGGUGUCCAAGGCCAAAAUACCCAGACUUGAUGGGAUGUUUUAAUAAAAAAAAAAAAGGAGGAGACCCAACCUCACCUCCUCAAACCCCACCCCCAUGUGCAGAAAAUAAAUAAAGAGAUUUUUUUAUUAAACGUAGAGUAGUGAAAAAAACAAAAAUGACACAGAUUGUUUGUGACGCAUUCAUUAUGUUCAUUUAUUGUGACAAACUUAAAUGUAAUGCGAUUAUCAACCACAUCAAAUGAAAAUACAAAAAUCAUGAUCGGGUUUUACCAACACUUCCAUCACCCACACUAGAAACAAAGCUUAAUGUAAACCAAAUAAGGCAAAGACCCAAGUUAGGUUAAAAUCACUUCUCCUUUAAUUCCUAUAGUAAUACUAAGCAGACACAUCACAGAUGAGUUCAAGCAGUAAACCAUAAACUAACUUCAAAUCAAUUCAAGAUCUUUACAUCUUCUAACAAUCUGAUUAUGAGGUUAAAGGAUCAGAAGGUUUACAAAAGUCUCCCUACAGCUUAUGACGUAUAAUAUAUGAGAUAUUUCUGACUGCAGCAAUAACUUAUAAAACAUAACACUUAUUUUUGUAUCAUAAGCAAACAUUGAAGUUGAUGGGUUAUGACGUGGACAACUAAACCGUAAAUCAUUUCUGAAGAGUUUGUUUUUAAUAAACACAGUAAAUAAUCUUUUAUUUAAUAUCUAAAGGUGAAAACAUCUGAAAACAAUAUUUACACCGUAAGAGAGAUCUGACUGUUAAUGUUUGUAUACAGCACAUGAUUCACAUUGUUUUCUUUAUCACAUUGCAUGCAGGGAUCUUAAUGGCCACAUAAAGGAGGUGACCUAUAAAGCAGCACAACAUUUUAUUCAACUGUUUCACAGGAGAAAGCCCCCAGUGGCUGUACAUGGUACUGCAGGCGGCGCUUCAUCACCGCAUCCCUCUCGUACUGCGGAGAACAGGCAGGGAUCAGCGGGCAGGCAGGAGGACGUAUGUCGAGCUGCAAAGAAAAAAUUGAAGGAAACGCUUAUUUCGACAUCUCCGUUUAUUUUUUCGCUGUGAAACACCACUCGUUAUUUGUCCGGCAAGAUGGGCAAUCGGGGAAUGGAGGACCUGAUUCCUCUUGUAAACAGAAUGCAGGACGCCUUCUCCGCCAUCGGACAAAAUGCCAACCUGGACCUGCCUCAGAUCGCCGUGGUCGGUGGGCAAAGUGCCGGGAAAAGCUCUGUUUUGGAGAACUUUGUGGGGAAGGACUUUCUGCCCCGUGGCUCUGGUAUUGUCACUCGGCGCCCCCUGGUGCUGCAGCUCAUCAACUGCCCUACUGAAUAUGCAGAGUUUCUGCAUUGCAAGGGGAAGAAGUUUACUGAUUUUGAUGAGGUUCGUCAGGAAAUUGAGGCGGAGACAGAUCGCAUCACCGGCCAGAACAAAGGCAUCUCGCCGGUCCCGAUCAAUCUGCGAGUCUACUCACCUAAUGUCUUGAAUCUUACCCUCGUGGAUUUGCCUGGUAUGACCAAAGUGCCCGUCGGUGACCAGCCGGCUGAUAUUGAGUCUCAGAUCAGAGAUAUGCUGAUGCAGUUCGUGACGAAGGAUAAUUGCCUGCUGCUGGCCGUGUCUCCUGCCAACUCUGACCUGGCCAACUCGGAUGCCCUCAAGAUUGCCAAAGAAGUGGACCCUCAGGGCUUAAGAACCAUAGGAGUGAUCACAAAAUUGGAUCUGAUGGACGAAGGAACUGACGCACGUGACAUCCUGGAGAACAAACUUCUUCCCUUACGUAGAGGUUACAUCGGGGUGGUUAACCGCAGUCAGAAGGACAUUGAUGGCAAGAAGGACAUCACUGCUGCUAUGACGGCAGAGAGGAAGUUCUUCCUCACCCACCCAGCCUAUCGACACCUGGCUGAUCGCAUGGGCACUCCAUACCUGCAGAAGGUUCUCAAUCAGCAACUGACUAACCACAUCCGAGACACUCUACCCGGACUAAGGAACAAACUGCAGAGUCAGUUGCUGUCCAUUGAGAAAGAAGUGGAAGAAUACAAACACUUCCGCCCGGACGAUCCAUCUCGCAAAACCAAGGCUCUGCUACAGAUGGUGCAGCAGUUUGCUGUGGAUUUCGAAAAGUGCAUCGAGGGUUCAGGAGAUCAGGUGGACACAGUGGAGCUUUCGGGGGGCGCUAGGAUCAAUCGCAUCUUCCAUGAGCGCUUCCCCUUUGACCUGGUUAAGAUGGAGUUCGAUGAGAAAGAGUUGCGUAAGGAGAUUAGUUACGCCAUCAAAAACAUCCAUGGUAUCAGGACUGGUCUAUUCACACCGGACAUGGCUUUCGAGACCAUCGUAAAGCGGCAAAUUGGCAAAAUCAAAGAGCCUUGUCAGAAGUGCGUGGACCUGGUCAUCACCGAGCUGGUUAAUACGGUCAGGCAGUGCACCAGGAAGCUGGCUCAGUACCCCAUGCUUAGAGAGGAAAUGGAGAGGAUUGUCACCCAGCACAUCCGCGAUCGAGAGAGCCGAACUAAAGAUCAGGUCAUGUUGCUAAUUGACAUCGAGUUGGCAUACGUUAACACCAAUCAUGAGGAUUUCAUCGGCUUUGCAAAUGCCCAGCAGAGAAGCAGUCAGAUGAAUAAGAAGAAAGCUGCUGGCAAUCAGGAUGAGAUAAUGGUGAUCAGGAAGGGCUGGCUGACCAUCAAUAACAUCGGUAUCAUGAAAGGAGGAGCGAAGGAAUAUUGGUUUGUCCUGACCGCUGAGAAUCUGUCCUGGUACAAAGACGAUGAGGAGAAAGAGAAGAAAUACAUGCUGCCACUGGACAACCUGAAACUGAGGGACAUUGAGAAGAGCUUCAUGUCAAGCAAGCACGUGUUUGCGCUCUUUAACACUGAACAGAGGAACGUGUAUAAAGACUACCGACAGCUGGAGUUGGCCAGUGACACUCAGGAGGAGGUGGACAGCUGGAAAGCAUCUUUCCUCCGUGCUGGUGUUUACCCAGAGCGCAUAAUUGACAAAGAAAAGAGUGACAGCAGUGAGGAUAACAGCUCGGACGGCUUCAUGCACUCCAUGGAUCCUCAGCUCGAGAGGCAGGUGGAGACCAUCAGGAACCUCGUGGAUUCUUACAUGGCCAUCAUCAACAAGACCGUGCGGGACCUCAUGCCCAAGACCAUCAUGCAUCUUAUGAUCAACAAUACUAAGGAGUUUAUCCAUGCUGAGUUGCUGGCUAACCUGUACUCGUGUGGAGAUCAGAACACACUGAUGGAGGAGUCGGCCGAACAGGCUCAGCACAGGGAGGAGAUGCUGCGCAUGUAUCACGCUCUCAGAGAGGCGCUCAACAUCAUUGGGGACAUCAGCACCACUACCAUCUCCACCGCCAUGCCUCCACCGGUCGAUGACUCCUGGCUGCAGGUACAAGGAGGACCUUCAGGACGCAGAUCUCCAAUGUCAAGUCCCACUCCCCAGCGCCGGGCCCCACCCGGGCCACCUCGUCCUGGUGGUCGUGCGGCCCCAGGCCCCCCUACUGCUGGAGCACCACCAGUACCAUCCAGACCUGGAGCCUCCCCCGACCCCUUCAGCGCCCCCCCGCCCCAGGUGCCCUCACGUCCUAACCGUGCCCCACCAGGUGUACCCAGCCGUCCGAGCAAAGGAAGUCCGUCUCACAGCGAGGGUCAACAAUCUUCGUUCGACUCUUAAAGCCAACCCUCCCCUCUUUCACCUCUAUUAGUAUUUCUCUCUCUCUCUCUCUCUCUCUCUCUCUCUCUCUCUCUCUCUCUCUCUCUCUCUCUCUCUCUCUCUGACUUGGUGGGUUUGACCACGAGCCUCGGGAUCGCUGCGUAUCUACUGUAGCAGCAAAAACGAUGGCUGAAGUGUGGAAAUACAGAAGGGCUUUGUUGGUUUGUUCAUACCACACUCUAAUCCCUGUAUGAUAUGCCCAGUGUCAAUAUUUGUCACUGCAAUGUUUAUUAUACUGAAGAUACUGUGUGGUGUUCGUGUUUACACACUAGACAAUGUCAACAUAAUAUAUAUUAAUUUUUCACUCGAGGUGUAUAUGCCGUAUAUAAACUAACAGUAUGUACUGUAUCUGUCUCUUCACCAAUACUACAGGACAGUGGAUGCACAGAAGUGAAACCCCUGGUAGUUAAAACUUGUUACGUGAUAUUGUGUGUGAAUGUACUCUAUUGGAAAAAAUUGAGUUUUCAAACCAGAAUGUUUGUUUCGUCCAGUGUCUGUUCACUUAGAAGCCUUUGUAUUUCCCAAACAAAUAAGAAAUGUUUGAUUGAAAUGCACUGUACAUAAGGAUAUAUAUUACAUGUUUGGUAUGGAGGAGAAAGUGCCAGGAUGUUUACCUGCAAGUAAAAGACUUUUGGGCGGUUUAUUUAUUUAUUUGUUGACCAAAAGGAAGAGUCGAAUAAUAUUAAAAUGAAUCUGUCUGGGGUAAAACAUGUUAUUGAUGAAUAUAUCCGAGCAUCUUUUAAACCCCAACACAAGUUUAAGAGUAAAUAUUGCGGCUGGAAAUUAAUGUGUCGAUGUAUAUUUAUUGUGCAACUCUGGGAUUUGUGCUUUUGUUGCUUUGUGUCAACAUGUACAUUUACUAAGUAUUGUACUGGUUGCAAAAAUAUAAGUAGCCUAUAUGGUUUGUACGUGUGUGUAUAUACAUAUAUGGAGGGGUCUGCGGGCAUUACCAAAUCUCCACUAUAUAUGGAAAGGGUGAAUGUGAAUCUUACUGCUAUCAUCUGUAUCUUAUUGUGGUCUGGUGUCAUAAACUGGCCAAUGCGUUGUGAUGAAAUUAAAGUGUCUGUGUGAAAG